AGUUCGAUAAGAAAGUGUGCUCUUGGAGCAGUGAAAACUUUCGAGUGAUCAAGUGCUCGCGCGUACUCGCAGUUUCACACGCGCACACGGCGAGUUAUGAGCUAAAGCUGUUAGUUUUCAAAUUGCAACGAACGUCAACAGAGAGCAAUGUUUGCCUCGCAGCAGAGCCGCUUACUGGGCGCUAAAAUUAUGCGCUGUAUCUCGCACGGCGCGAGAACAGCAUUCGCGAAAGAGCAAAGAGCCAUUUGCAAAAUGUCCGGCGAAGAUGAAAAAUUCCGUAUUCUUGUCACUCAUCCCCAAGUGCCACAAGAGGCUAUCGAAUUGUUGCAGCGCGACUGUGAGGUAACCGUCGUCCAGAGCUUACCACCGAAUCGUUCGGAAAUUUUGGAGAAAGCCAAGGGUGUUCACGCCUUCCUUUGGGGCGGUCAUGAGAAGCUCAACGCAGAGGCAUUGGAUGCCGCCGGUCCACAAUUGAAAGCGAUCUCCACCAUGUCUGCUGGCAUUGACUAUGUGGAUGUACCUGAGCUUAAGCGACGCAAUAUACCGCUGGGCCACACCCCAACUGUGCUCAAUGAUGCUGUUGCUGAUAUAGCGGUUGGUCUGUUGUUGGCAGCAGCGCGUCGUUUCCACGAAGGACGUCAGAAGAUCGAAACCAACAAUUGGGAGACCUACACUCUAAACUGGAUGUUGGGUCAGGAUUUGCGCGAUUCCGUAGUGGGUUUCUACGGCUUCGGUGGUAUCGCUCAGACCAUCGCCAAGCGUCUGUCCGGUUUUGACAUUGAUAGUAUCCUAUACACCACCCGUCGUCGCGUAGCUGAGGAAAUCGAAAAGGAGUACAAUGCCAAGAAAGUAGACUUCGACACUAUGCUUGCUCAGAGUGAUUUCGUUAUCAUUGCUGCACCCUUGACUAAGGAGACCGCUGGUGUUUUCAAUGCCACCGCUUUUGGUAAAAUGAAGAAAACCGCCGUGUUGGUGAAUAUUGGACGCGGAGGUGUUGUAAAUCAGCCAGAUUUGUAUGAAGCCUUGAAAACUAAUCAAAUAUUCUCUGCCGGUUUGGAUGUGAUGACACCAGAGCCACUGCCACCAAAUGAUCCCCUACUGACUCUGCCAAAUGUUGUGCUCGUCCCGCAUUUGGGUUCCGCCACCCGCCGCACCCGCACUGAUAUGGGCACGAUAGCAGCGCAUAAUGUUUUGCGCGGACUCGCAGGGGAACCAAUGUUCUCGCCUGCAUACUAAUUUCUUAACAGAUCGCUUGGUAGGACAAAACACUCAAACAUAAUUAUAAAUUUAUACAAAUCAACUAACUGCAAUAAAAGUAAACACAAGAAGAAGA